CGCACUCCUAAACAAUCAUUUGUAAUUGGCACAAUGGAAGAAGCUGGAAUUAGUGGGCUAGGAGUGAAAGCAGAUAUGUUGCAUAACUCUCAAUCAAAUGAUAUUCUUCAACAUCAAGACUCAAAUCGUGAUGGCACAAGUAACAAACAUUUAUUGGAAGAGGACGAAGGCAGUGAUUUUAUAACAAAGAACAGGAAUUUGGUGAGCCCAGCAUAUUGCACGCAAGAGGCAAGAGAGGAAACUCCUGGGCAAGAAGCUCGGAUGGAUCCUCCUGAUGGCCAGCAGGAUUCCCAGUGCAACAGGAACAAAGAGAAGACUUUAGGGAAAGAAGUUUUAUUACUGAUGCAAGCCCUAAACACCCUUUCAACUCCAGAGGAGAAGCUGGCAGCUCUCUGUAAGAAAUAUGCUGAUCUCUUGGAGGAGAGCAGGAAUGUUCAGAAGCAAAUGAAGAUUCUGCAGAAGCAGCAAGCCCAGAUAGUGAAAGAAAAAGUUCAUUUACAGAGUGAACACAGCAAGGCUAUCUUGGCAAGAAGCAAACUAGAGUCUCUUUGCAGGGAACUUCAGCGUCACAAUAAGACAUUAAAGGAAGAAAAUAUGCAGCAGGCACGAGAGGAAGAAGAGAGACACAAAGAAGCAACUGCACAUUUCCAGAUUACUUUAAAUGAGAUUCAGACCCAGCUGGAACAACACGACACACACAAUGCCAAACUCCAACAGGAGAAUAUUGAAUUGGGAGAGAAACUGAAGAAGUUCAUUGAACAGUAUGCACUGAGGGAAGAGCAUAUUGAUAAAGUGUUCAAACAUAAGGAACUGCAGCAACAACUUGUGGAUGCCAAACUUCAGCAGACGACACAGCUUAUAAAAGAAGCUGAUGAAAAACAUCAAAGAGAGAGAGAGUUUUUAUUAAAAGCAGCAACAGAAUCAAGGCACAAAUAUGAACAAAUGAAACAGCAAGAAGUACAACUGAUACAGCAGCUUUCUCUCUAUAUGGAUAAGUUUGAAGAAUUCCAGACUACCAUGGCAAAAAGCAGUGAACUUUUUACGACCUUCAGGCAGGAAAUGGAAAAGAUGACAAAGAAAAUUAAGAAACUGGAAAAAGAAAUGAUUGUCUGGCGUACCAAAUGGGAAAACAAUAAGGCGCUUCUGCAAAUGGCUGAAGAGAAAACUGUCCGUGAUAAAGAGUACAAGGCCUUUCAGAUAAAACUGGAACGGUUACAGAAGCUGGGCCGAGCUCUUCAAACGGAAAGAAAUGAGCUCAGUGAGAAGGUGGAAGUCCUUAGAGAGCAGGUGUCUAGAGAAGCAGCAGGUGUGGGUUUAGCGAGGCCUGUGCUCCAGGCGGGCCCGGCCCUGGCUUCUCACAAGGAGCUGGACACUUCCUCGCAAACAGCCCCAGGGGCUCCCCUUGAAGCAAAGCCCAAGGCAGCCAGUGAAAAAACUGCCGCUCCAAAGACCCUGGCCAUGGGCUCUGUCCCAGGUACUGAUUCAGUUGACUAA